UAUUAUACUCAUUGUACAGAUAAGAAAAUGGAGACAGAGGGAGGUCAGGUAAUGUGCCUGAAGCCAAAGAAUAGAGUAAGCAAACAUGGGUACUAGAUUCCCUGGCUCUUAACCACUUGCUAGACUGACUGAGAAGAUGGAAUUAAAACGUUUCAAAGAAUGCCUGCCUUCUUCAUUUGGGGAGGGAAUAGUUUUCUCAAUGGCAUCUGCACUAUGGACAUUUUUCCUGUCCUUCCCAGUCCAGAACUAGUAGUGCCGCCCCUUCAGGUGUCUUCACUGCCCACCUACCCUCCGGUCUGGAGCCCAUUCGGCUUCAGGACCCCUCCUCCUCCCUAUGGGCUUUAACAUUUUUUGAAAAUACUGCAAAAUUGCCUUUGUUUCCUAGAUGGAAUGGUUCUAAAUUCUGGUGGCCAAUGAGUGCUGCGGCGCCCGCCGGGAUCCAGUGAGGCACUAAGCUGAGAGGUGGGAGGAGUCAGCGGAAGGGCGAAACGGAGCCCCAGCGGCUGUACGUACCUAGUGAGUGCCCUGCAGGCUACCCGGAGCAGAGCCAUGAGCUGGACCUGCCCCCGUUGCCAGCAACCCGUUUUCUUUGGUGAGGCCUGGGCUGAGGAGGGGGAGUAAAUGGGACGAGUGUAAGCCUCUGGGUUCCCCAAGGAUGCAAGUGUUGGCCAAAUUGUGGUCUCAGACACCCUUUUCCACCUGUACGGGCGCAGGCGUGUGGUCUCACACCAGUACUUGCUCCGGUUCAAUUUCCUCUCCUCCACUGAGAGCUCUUGCAGGGGAGUUUGGCAUGGGGGGAGGGGAGAAGCUGACCUCCCGGAAGACUUUUAUGCGUUCAAGGAGCAGUAUGGGCCUGGCUGGUUCCCCUAGAGGACUGAGGGGAAAAGAAGGGCGCCCCACGUUUGGCUCCGCACCUUGCAGCUCCUGUCCACAUUUUUUCCCCACAGCUGAGAAGGUGAGCUCCCUGGGCAAAAACUGGCACCGCUUCUGCCUGAAAUGUGAGCGCUGCCACAGUGUCCUGUCUCCUGGCGGGCAUGCAGAGCACAACGGGAGGCCAUACUGCCAUAAGCCAUGCUAUGGGGCUCUCUUUGGACCCAGGGGGGUGAACAUUGGUGGUGUGGGUGCCUAUCUGUACAACUCUCCCACUUCCACUCCUGCCAGCACCACUCCCCUCAGCCCCAGCAGCUUCAGCCCUCCCAGGCCCAGGACUGGCCUCCCCCAAAUCAAGAAAAGCCCUCCCCACAUGAAGACAUUCACUGGGGAGACCUCGCUGUGCCCUGGCUGUGGUGAACCUGUCUAUUUUGCUGAGAAGGUAAUGUCUUUGGGCAGAAAUUGGCACCGACCCUGUCUGAGGUGCCAGCGUUGCCGGAAGACCUUGACUGCUGGGAGUCAUGCCGAACAUGAUGGAGUCCCCUACUGCCACAUCCCCUGCUACGGCUACCUGUUUGGCCCUAAAGUGGGAGCUGCAAAAUUCUCCAGUCUUAUUAGCACGUGGAAGAUGAGAUCCUGGGGACCUGGACAUAGGCUCCAUGGUAGGCCAGAAAGUCUAAAUUUUCUCUGCUAAUUCUUCCCUUUCCCAUUCUUAUCUGGUGAGAGGACAUAGGCUACCCCAUUUUGAAGGGUGUCCUCCUGGCCCUCCCAUACCCUUUCCCCAGCAAAUUGUGGAGCUUCGUGUUACUCAUAAAACUUGUGUUUAUUAAAUCUUAGCAUCUCUGCCUUUUCCAAUAAAAUUUUGGCUCCCA